AUGAAUAGAAUUGGCUUUAAAUUUUUGCCACCAGUGCCAAAAUUAACAACAUUUAAUGGCAAUUCUCUAACUACAUCAUCGUCCACUUCAUCGUCUGCUGUUAACAAAAACAAAACGGUCGGAGUUACCGGACCUAUAAGUUUGGCGGAGCCGAAACCAGAGGAAAAAAAAUUAACUGAACAGCUUGAUGUUUAUUUGCAUAACAAUGAUAUGUAUGAAACUCCUGAAGAAAUAACUAAAAGAAUAGAUGUUCUUAGAAAAAUAGUUCAGCUAGUAGAUAUUUGGAAUAAAGACAUGGCCGUUGCAAAGAACAUACCGGAGACAUCAAACUCAGGAGCUAAGGUUUACACAUUUGGAUCUUACAGAUUAGGUAUUAAUGCAAAAGGGGCAGACAUUGACCUGUUGUGUGUAGUUCCUCGGCAUAUUGAAAGAAAUGAUUUUUUCAGUUUGUUCACCGAUAUUUUGAGAGGAGAACCAAGCAUCAAAAACAUGAAAAGCAUUGAGGAUGCAUUUGUGCCCGUCAUUAAGAUGAACUUUGAUGGUAUCGAGAUUGACAUGUUGUUCGCGAAAUUAGCACUAACAGAGGUUAAAGAUACCCAGGACUUGAGGGACGACAGCAUUCUGAAAAAUCUGGAUCAAAAAUGUGUCAGAAGUCUAAAUGGUUGUAGAGUUACUGAUGAGAUUCUGAAUCUAGUUUCGAACCUUGAAAAUUUUAGAAUGACCCUGAGAGCAAUCAAGUUAUGGGCCAAAAGAAGAGGAAUAUAUUCUAAUGUUCUUGGAUUUUUGGGUGGUGUGUCGUGGGCAAUGUUGGUGGCCCGCGUCUGCCAACUCUAUCCAAAUGCAACCCCAUCUGUGCUAGUGCAAAAAUUUUUUUUUAUCUUCUCUCAGUGGAAAUGGCCACAACCAGUUUUGCUAAAACAGCUGAGUGAGUGUAAUAUGACUGAAACAUUUAGUUCCUGGGAUCCGAGGAAAAAUAUCACAGAUCGUAGCCACCUAAUGCCAAUCAUAACCCCCUGUUUCCCAAAUCAGAAUUCUACGUACAAUGUUAAUACAUCAACUAGAGAUAUAAUGAUGGAUGAAUUCAAGAGGGGUUUUAAUAUAUCUACAGAGAUUUUAAACAAAAAAGACAAUUGGGAGAAUCUCUUUAAGCCCUAUGACUUCUUCCACAAGUACAGACAUUUUAUUGUUGUAAGGGCCAGAUCUUCCACUGCAGCCAAUCAUCUGGAAUGGUACGGACUAGUCGAGUCAAAACUACGUCUUAUGGUGCAGAAACUGGAGGCUAAUUCAGUAAUAAAGUUGGCACAUAUCAACACCAAAUCAUACCCACCAAGGAGUGAUUCUACCGAACAACACUGCACUCAGUGGUUUAUUGGUCUGACCUUCUCCCAAACUUCCGUGAAAGUCAACCUUACCUACGAAGUACUUUACCUUCACGAACAAAUAAGUGUAGCUCUCGGGCCUAACCUAAAGGAGGGAAUGAACAUGGACGUAAAGUACCUUAGAAAAAAAGAACUAAAAAAUUAUUUACCAGACGAUGUUCUACAUACAGAAUGUAUGGGAAUCAAGAGAAAACAUACGGAUGAUAUGAGCUUAUCCGAUUCUUCAUCCCAAUCGACAUCAACCACCCCCAUCGUGACUAUCGCCGGAGCACAACAAUUUCUCUAG